GAGCUUUCCAGCAAUAUGACCGGAACAGAAGAUGCUUCGAUGCUAAACAAGCCACCUUUCCACCACCGUACUGAAUAAGGUAUAAAACAUGACGGAGCAUGCUGCUGUAAAACUGAUCAUUGUGCUAGAGCACCAAGUCUUUUUAAUCUUAUACCACCAGCCUACAUUUUUUUUGUCACGUUACUGAGAAAACUUGAAGUCCUGAAGAUCCUUCCAGUGUCCAUACUGCUUAUCCUACAUUGCGAGAGCCUGGAGACUAUCCCAGAGGAACUUGGGGCACAAGGUGGGGGACACCCUGGUCAGGGUCCCAACCCAUUGCAGGGCACAGUCGCACUCCACAGACAAUCUGGAAAUGCCAAUCAGCCUCCAACGCAUGUUUUUGGCUCAGGGGAGGAAACCGGAGUUCCCAGAGGAAACCCUAGAAGCAUGGGGACAACAUGGGUGGAGGCAGGAUUCCUUCCAAAACUGCUCAAAGGAAACUUUAUAUAUCAAUGAUUACACGCUUUUUAAAUCUGUUUACAUGGAGCUUCCACCAUAUAAUUCCCUCAAUGUCACCUCGCCGUUGGUACUAACGAAAAUAAUAAUAAUAAUAAUAAUAAUAUAGCCUGCUUACUGUAGAUGAUCUCUGACCUCAGACAGAUCUGUGCUGCAUUCCUGUCGAUUUCACGCACUAUUUAAAUUUCACAUUCAAAGCCUCCAUAAAACCCGAGUCCAGCAGAUGGUAACCUUUUUAUGGCUUACUCUCAGCCUGGGAAACUGCACUAAUCAACUAAUCAUUAAGCUCUAACACACACACACACACUUAUACACCUGGACACAUCUGGCCACCGAGCGUGUAAGUACCGCACGGACAGGUAUGGACCACGUGGUUACUUAGCAACAAGGAGAAAAGUCUGGGUUGCUAAGAAACAGCCGCCUUACUACUGCACGUCGAGAGACGCAGGAUGCGCACAUGUUCAGUAGUAAAGCAAAAAAAAAAUAAUAAAUAAAACAUCCUGAGAGAAAUCAGAGAUCAGGAUUGUGCAUGGGAUUAGUUUUGCUUUUAGUCGUCAUAUGCUGGAUGUUUAUGUAAAAAUAAAUAAAUUAAUAAUAAUAAUAAUAAAACCCAAACGCAACUUGAGUCGAAUUAGUGCAAAAGCAUGCAUAUUAUCAGUAAAUGCAAUAUUUCAAUAGAGCUAGAUAUAAGCGUGCGAUGCACGCGCAUAUGUAUUCUCCUCGCGCCUGUGUCUGAUACACCUGUCACGCUCUUAACAACUGCAAUAUAUCUUAUUAUUUCGGGCCCGUGUCAUAUCGGAGGCGGAGAGCAUCUACACGCGGAGGGAGGGAGACACGGAGAGCGCGCGCUGACUGACCGACAUGCAUCUUUUUUUUUUCUUCUUCUUCUUUUUUUUUUUUUUUUUUGCAAAUCAGUCUGCGUAUAAGAGCGCGAGCACCGAGCCUGCGUGCGGAGCUGCGCGGUUAUGGUCGCGUGCGUACUUUGUUGUUUUUCACUGGUGCGCGAGCAUCGGGACCUGUUGUUUUUUUAUUUGUUUUAUUUAUUUAUUUCGUGCUUUGUUUACGGUCGGGUUGCACCACCACAAACAGAAGGAUGUCCCUUCAGGAGCGUUACCGCUGCUGUUGGAGGCACCUGGAAUACCUACGCAUUGGACGAGUCGGGAUCCAAAAGUCGUGAAAAGUCGGUUGGUCGGUUUGUUCCUCGUGGCGCAGAAUCGAGCUUCCUACCUGCAGUCGAGGGAAAGUAUCACGAGGUUUGCAUGGAAAAAUUAUUUUGACUUUACAAUGGGCAAAUCUGCACCUUACAUAGCAACACAAUAAGCAGCCAUAAUAGCGCGCGCGUUUCAAGUAAGGGUGGGGCAUAUACAAUUAAAAGAUUUGUUAUACAUUUGCUAUAGUUAUGCAUUGGGUAUAUAUUUUGAUUUCCAAAGCAUAACUUGCAGUCAUAGUGUACAUCUGUGCACGAGCAUUCAAUUGUAUGUGUGCUAAUAUUUGGCAGUAUGACAUUUUCUGUUCAUAUCUCCCUGUAUCAGGUUUAGAAGUUAUAAUAAUGACUGCAGUACCAUUUACAGCCCAGUCACAAUCCAGGGUUUAUGCUGUGUUCAUACAUAUUAGUGUAUGAAAGUGUUUGCACCGUAUAACUUAGUGAUUGGGGAAUGUUGUAUGCAGAAUUCCUACAGUGUACGGGUAUGAAGGUGCCAGGAUACAACUGAGCAGAUGAGGCUUUAACCACUGAGCCAUAUUUGAAGCAGGUUCCAGAUGCAGUUCUUCCAUGCCCUGUCAGUUUAUCUGUCACUGAAUUUAUUUGUAAUCUGUUAACCGUCUGUGGCGAUAAAGUUGCUUGGUUAGCUAGGGGUUUUAUUAGGGGGUGGGAGGUUUGAUCCUUAGAUCCCUGGGUAGGCAAGAGAGACCUAAGCAGGCCCAAGGUUCCUUCUGGUGUCUCUGCUAUAAUAAACCAUAAUCAGAUAUGUCACCACCACUAAAUAUCAUUUCAGUGGCUGUUUUCCUGCACUGAAUAAAUUUCCUUUAUGUAUCAUGUAUCACAUUUGUAAAGGUCUCUCUGAUAAGAUCUUCAAAUAAGCUUACUUGAUUUUCUGCACCUUUAAGUGGAUGUCACAGAGCGUAGCCCGUUAAUUUCACUCCCAACUCCCCUUCAUUUAUAGGGUCCCAGGUUUAGUCGUCCUAUGAAUGGGGCUGUGCUGUGCCCAGCUCAGCUCCCCGUGCCCUGGUCAGGACUAUGCAGGGCCCUGGUACCCUCCUGAAUGCACUGGCCAGCGGUUUGCGAGAGCAGGGAGGGCGGUGGGGCCCACCGAGGCCGAGGUGGACGCGGUGCUAUGCCCCCUCCUUUCCGGAUAGCGGUGCUGGGCGCGCAGGGUGUGGGCAAGACAGCCAUUGUGCAGCGCUUCCUCCACGAUGACUACAGCGACGCGGCCUCGUCAAGCCGCACACGCCGGGUGCAUCUGUCUGCCGCUGUGCUCAACGGCCACGUGCACGACCUGCAGAUCACUGACUACCCGGCCAUCAGCAGCUUCCCCGGCAGCUCCCUCCAGGAGUGGUCAGACGUUUGUUGUCGAGGUAUUCGCAGUGCCCAUGUCUACAUCCUGGUUUACGACAUCUGCUGCUUCGACAGCUUCGAGUACGUCAAGACUAUGCGCCAGCAGAUCCUGGAGACCCGGGUGAUGGGUGCAACAGAGACGCCGAUCCUGAUCGUAGGCAACAAGCGCGACCUUCAGCGAGGCCGGGUCAUCCCGCGCCACAACGUCUCGGACUUGGUGCGCAAGAGCUGGAAGUGUGGCUAUGUGGAGUGCUCGGCCAAGUUCAACUGGCACAUUUUGCUGCUGUUCGGUGAGGCUUUGCGGAGCGUGGGCUGUGUCCGCUGCAAACACGUGCACACCACUGUACGCUUUCAGAGAGCGCUGAGGAGAGAGCGCUGCGCUCUCAUGUGAGGUGCCAGCUUGUCACGUUGGAAAAGAAACCCAGUUAUAGCUGUGAUAAUGAGCCCGGGUUGCCUUCUAGCCAAGGAAUCCUGUCGUGGAUGUUUCACUGAGGAGAAAUGUAUCCUCUGUUCACACAAACUGCUUUCUGAUGCCAAGAGGAAUCCUCAGAUGCUGCUUGUUCAGGAAACCUGCCGACUGAAACGUCUCAACGAUGACUGAAGCCUCAAAAAUCAGCUUUAAAAUCACGUUGCUGAAAUGCAAAUAAUGUGUUUAUGCUGGGACUGCUUUAAGAAGCCCAUUUCUGCUUUUUAUCUUGGGCAUACACUGAUGAAUCUUCCAGUUCUAUUGCGCAAAAGUGCAUCUCUCUCAUCAUGGCUCAUUGUGUGGCUGUACCACACACGGGUGAAUCACA